UGGAAAAAUAUCAAUAUUAUGAAUGUUAUUAUUUUCAUAUAAAUACACAAUAAUAUGCGACAAAGAGAAGUCGCCCUGACAAAAUUUAAGGUCCCAUAUCUCUCCUUUCCUCUACGCUUCAGAUCUCAAACGAUGAAAGCUGCAAGAUUGGGAAGUGAAGAGGUUACGUAUCCAGAUAGGAUCAGUCAGCUACCUGACGAUUUGCUCUUACGAAUCCUCUCAUUGGUUCCGGUAAGAACUGCAAUGUCCACAAGCUUAUUGUCUAAACGAUGGAAACCUGUGUGGAAGAUGAUGCCAAUGCUCGUGUAUGACGAAACAUGUCCUUACAUUGGUUCUCUUGGAUUUGACCUAUUUUGUGGCGUGUCCUUGCCGUUACAUGAAGCUCUCAAAACCCUAAAUCUCAAACUUGGGAAGUACUCUGAUUCCAUAGAUACUCUAUUAUUCCCAAACAUUGGUUCCAAUCUCCUAGAUAUGACAAUCAAUUUGAAUUAUUAUUAUGGUUAUUACACUCCCAUCAAGUUCCCAAAUAACCUCAACGUUUUCAAAACACUCUUUGUCUUGAAACUUCAAGGCAAGAUUGUUCUAGACGUUGUCGAUUCUCCUGUUUGUUUCCCUUCCCUGAAAAUUUUGCACCUCACAUGUGUGGAUUUCCAAUGCGAAGAAUCUUUCACAAGAUUGUUAUCGUCUUGUCCUGUUCUUGAAGAUCUCUUCCUCCAAAGACUUUGCAGUGGUGGCCGUUUUUUGUUCAACAUGUCAGUCCCUUCUUUACAGAGAUUAUCCAUUACAUCAGAACCAGCCUAUUAUGGAUCCGAUGAACCAAGACUCGAGAUAAGCACUCCUUGUUUGAAGUACUUAAAGAUCUUCGAUCGCUGCGGUUAUUAUAACUUUCUUGAGGAUAUGCCUAAACUGGUGGAGGCAGAUGUAUCAGUUGAUAUGUCCAAAAAUGAAAAUCUUCUGAGAGUUCUUUCUUCCGUUGAGCAUCUUGUGAUAUGUUUAUAUCCUUCAAUGGUUCUUGAUCUAACGGAUAGUUUAAUCUUCAACCGGCUUCUUCAUCUUGAACUAGACGUCUGCAACAGUUUUCGCUCUAAUCUACUUCUGCGGUUGCUGAAAUAUUUUCCUAAUUUACAAUCUCUCAAGCUAGGUUGCACAUAUCCCAAAGAUACCGAGGGUCAACUGUACUGUUUAGUCUCGGAACAGGGCUCUGUUCCUAAAUGCUUGAGCUUCCAUCUCGAGAAUAUUCAAUGGACAGGCUAUGGAGGAACACUAGAUGAGCGAGAAGCCGCAGCUUAUAUUCUGAAAAACGCUCAUCGUUUAAAGACUGCUACGAUCAGAUUACAUACAACGUGCAUGGAAAAUGGUCAGAUUAUGAUGAAGGAUUUGACAUCUAUGUCCAAAGCUUUGGCCUCAUGUCAGCUUGUAAUUGAAUAAUACCCUAAUAUAAUUUAUUCUUCCGGGAAAAUACAUUUUGGAUUUUAAAUCUUUGAGUUGAUUCGGACUA